AUGGAUUUCUUCGCUUUUCAAGGCCAGCCUUGGCGGACGUACACAGUGGACACAGCCGGAAAUCACCGUUUUGACGCGUACGACCUUCCGCGAAGUUUUCCCGUGGUGCAUUACCGAGCUCCUGCGUCUCCUCCCUUCCCAGUAGUCCCCGUAUUCGGACCUUGGGCCCCAUAUCCUCCCUUUUUGGCUUCACAGCGCCAUCCAGAUGCCCGGCCGCCGACGGCAGCUUUGCCUGAUGAUAUCUUACUGGCUCUCUUUCUGGGAAAGAGCCGCCGGGCGGUGCAUCCGUCUACCCGCGUGUAUAGGACCUUGAUCCACGGGAGUCCGCCUGAUGACCUCUACAUCUACGCCAAGCGGUCCCGGCAGUCUCACAGUGACCGUGAGCUACAGUACGCCGUUUCGUUCUUCGAGAGACCGACUACUGGCUUGGGUCCGAGGGGGGACAGACAGAGACUGUUGCAUAUUUUGGGCCGGUGGCAGCGGGCUGUACGCGGGGUCAUUAUUCUUGUGGCCCUUGUGCUGCUGGGCGUCAUCAAGAACCGGGCGCUUAGGCGUCGGAUUACAAACAUUCUCCGGAAGCUCGGACGAUUUCUUCUUCGAUUCCUUCCCCGCUGGCCGCGGCAGUCGCCUACGCGUUUGAUCGCGCUUCCCGCGGCGCGUGGCGAUGACGACGAGGACGAAGGAAGCGGACAGGACGGCGGCCAACGAGGCCUGCCUCGUGUUGAGGAUGUUUCCUCGUCCCACUCGGAGGGAACGACAGAUUUCGAGGGAAGUGAGACGCCGUCGCGGAAGCAACACCGCACCGAGCACCAGCCAGGUGUACAUACACACGAGGUAGACGCUGCCAGACAUGGGACGCGGAAGGAGCAAAGCACUGAGGUGGGGCCGGCAAUUGUGGUUUGGUCGGCGGACGAAGGUGAUGCAUUCCAUUCCGCGUCACAGCGAAACCCGAAGCCGUUGUCAGCUGAGCCUGAACGCCAAACUGAACCCCCGCGGUGCAUGACAGCUCCAGGUUCGCUUUACGCCGCCGCUUCGGCGGGACAGCAGCACGACGGAGCGGGGAAUGAGGAAAGUGAGACCGUGGGCGCUCGUGGGAGGGACAGAAGUAAUGGACGCGUACGGUCACACCCUCGCUCGCUUUUCGAGAGGUUCGCUGACUGCUUUUCUUCGACAGCUGGACAAGCCACGGGGCAAGAGGCUACCAACAGAGGAUGCUUAGGGUGGGAGAGACGGGCCGGCCCGGGAGGAGGAAGCAAGGGAAGUAUAGGAGGGAAGCAGAAAUCCCUUUCGACUUCUGCGUCGUUGCACGAGGCGCUGUGCGAGUUGUCCGCGAUGAUGCAAGUUUCUUCGUCCUCGUCCGAGUCUCCAGAGUUCGGAAAUUCCAGCCUGCCUCACUGUUUUGAGUUUCCGUCCCUCGCCUCAGGUGUGCCUUCUCCGACGGCUCUCGACACGCCGACGUUCGCCUGUGAGGCAAAUUCGGGAAUGGACGACGAAGAACGAGUCUCACGGCUGAGGCACUCGCGUGCUCUGUGUACAUCUGACUCUCUCCCUUCGUUUCCUUCUUACUACCGCAACCGAGAUGAUACGCCCCACUGGUUCAAGAGACGCAGAAGCCUGGAGAGGUUUCCUCGCGCCCUUACCAGACGAACGCCUGGCUUCGGAAGCGACGGGCGGGAAGACAGAGGAGGUGCUCUGCGAUGGGUUGUCCCUCCAUCUGGCAAAGAGAAAGACGUCGGUAGGACAGGCUCGCGUCUUCCUGCCUCUGAACGCGCUCCACAAGAUGCACCUGAAGGACAAACGCGCGCUUUCUUUGCGUCGAAACCCGGCCAGCCUCAUCCAGGGGAUGCACCCGCAGGCGCCGCCUCUGCGUCCACGUCGUUUUCUCCCCGUUCACAGUCUGCGGCCUCCAAGCUGUCGACAUGCGCGUGUGAAUCUUCGCUAUCCUCUGCGUCGUCCUCCACUCCCGCCGUCUCGACUACCAAGUCUUCUUCGUCACCGGGCGGUGUCCCACGUCCCAGCCCCACAAUGGUGUCUGUCUCGUUUCUCCCUGCACAUCUGCGCGAGCACCAGCACCGCCUCCACUCGCUUCUUUCAUCGCGUGUGCCACGCAGCUUCAUUAGUGUCUUACGGCGGCUUUGGACGCUCCUGCGUCGAGUUCUUCUUUUCGAGGAGGGCGACGCGGAGGCGGAUGCGAGCGCGCCGCAGGGACAAGCGGGAAGAGAGCAGGGCGACACCGAGGAUGCCAGGCAGGACGGAGAGAUUUUGAACUCUCAGGGGAGUCUGAAGGCACUGUCGUCGCUCGAAAUGGAGGCAAAGGUAAAGGAGAUUCCGCUGAUUCAGCAGUUCCUUCGCCUGCUGCGUCUGGCAUUUCCCAAAGAGAAGAUUUGGUCUUCCGAGGGCCUCUACCUUCUCACGCUUCUGGCGACACUCAUCAGCCGCACAUUUCUCUCCAUCUGGAUCGCUUCGGUCAACGGAAAAGUCGUCGAGGGAAUCGUUCGCCAGGACGGAAAGAAAUUCAUGCGAGGCCUUAGUCUCCUCGUGGCCUACGCAGUGCCCGCGGCUCUAGUCAACGCGACGAUCCAGUACUCGGAGAAGGUUUUAGGCGUCCUCCUCAGGAGAAACUUGACAAACGCUUUCGUGACCAAGUACUUAAAGGGCCUCACGUUCUACAGAAUGGUCGCUCUCGACGCCCGCGUGAGCCACCCAGACGAAAUUCUGUCUACAACGACUGCGAGCUUCAGCAUGCUGGUCGCUUCGCUGUUUUCGUCGUUCCUGAAGCCGACAGUGGACAUCAUCUUCCUCACGAGAUCGAUUCUGCGCCACCUAGGAGUCAAGGCCCCGCUUUGCCUGGGCUUCUGGUACCUUUUGACCGCUGGAGUCCUGCACUGGAUGUCGCCGCCGAUUGGAAAGAAAACUGCUCGACUGCAUGAGCUAGAGGCGAAGUACAGAGCGCUUCACUCGGACUUGCUUCAGCACAGCGAGGAGAUCGCGUUCUACGGCGGAGGAAAGCCCGCGUCGUUGCGGCUGCAGUGCGCCUUUGACUCGGUUUGCCUGUAUCGCCAGCACAUGUUUUUCAUUUUCCACUUGACGAUGGGAACGUUAGACAUGCUUUUCGCGAAGCACAUGUCGGUAGUCAUGGGCUACUUGGUUGUCGCGCUCCCCGCGUUCAAAGAUGAAAUCCGCGCUUUGUUCGCUCUCUCUGGGCGCCAGCGACAUGCGCUGCUGGACAUGACCGACUACUCCAAACUCUUCAAAGACCAGGAACGCGCGAAGCAAAUGCGGCAGACGCAGUUCGAUGAGGAAAUCAGGAAGCGCGGACUCCUCGCCAGACUCCCCGAUACGCGAAACGGAAAAGAAGACAUCGCUCACGCGUAUGUGCGAAACAGCACGCUCCUGAUCAACGUGGCGAAGGCCGUCGGGCGCAUGGUGCUGGCCUACAAGGAAGUUCAGCAGCUGGGGGGCUACACAGAGCGCCUCUACGAAUUCCUCCAAGUCGUCCAGGACUUGCAAAGCGGCGUCUACUGCCCGAGAGUGGCUCUGCCGGGCGAGACAGCUGUCGCGGAGACGCCACACAUCCUCGCCUCCACGGGUCGCCUCACGAUUGAGAAGAACGCAAAAACUGUCGAAUUCCACGACGUAGCUGUGGUGACCCCCGGCGGCCACGUGCUCCUUCAAAACGUCUCGUUCGUCAUCCGCAUGGGGAAGAACGUCUUUCUUCUGGGUCCCAAUGGAUGCGGAAAAACGUCGCUCUUCAGAAUUUUAGGAGGUCUGUGGCCUUUAGUGGAGGGCGAGGUGCGCAAGCCUGAAGCCUCGAAGCUCUUCUACAUUCCGCAGCGGCCAUAUAUGCCCGAAGGCACGCUUCGUGACCAGGUGAUUUACCCUAUGGCAUACGAGGACUAUCAGAAGCUCGGCGGGGCAUGCAACGACAGCCACUUGGAGUUCCUUCUGCGCGCAGUGGGGCUCGGACGCCUUCUAGACAGAUUCCCCGAAAAAUGGGACACGUGGAGAGACUGGCACGAGGUGCUGAGUGGCGGCGAGAAGCAGAGAAUGGCCUUUGCGAGGCUCUUCUUCCACCGGCCGGUCUUUGCGAUUCUGGACGAAGCGACGAGCGCGGUGUCGGUGGACAUGGAGGGUGCGCUGUAUCGGCUCUGCCGGAAGUGGCGCAUCACUCUCAUCACGAUUUCCCACAACCUCUCGCUGCUCAAAUACCACGAUUUUCUGUUGCGCAUCUUCGCGGCGCGCACCGACGGCGACAAGUCGCAGGGCCAGAGGUGGGCAUUCGAGCCGACGGAAGGCCUCAGGCGCCUCGACAGCUACUCGUUUCUUCUCAACUUAGCCGAGGAGGGCGCGGAGAAGGCCGACAAGACGCAGACCGCUGCGCGCCACGAGGACGCUGAAGAAGAGGACCCCGACAAUCGCGGCGAGGUGGAAGAAGGGCGCGCGCGAGGGCGAGAGCGCGAAAAAACCCACGCAGACCGAAAAAUGCGGAGUGGCGGAGACGCUGGGGGGCGGCGGCGGCGGCGAAGGCGGCGAGACGUCCACUACUCGAGGCACGAGUCUCACGCAGAUGCGGGCGAGAAGGACGAUGCGCAUCUCAAGAACCGAAGGGAGAGAGAAGACAGAUACGCGAAGAAGGAGAAAGAGAGAAGCCGAAAAGAAAACGCCGCGAAUUACCACGCCGGAAAAGGACGAAGGAUGAGUCAUGGUGACCAUUCACUGAAGAACGCCUCCUCUUCUCCACACAAGCAUCACCACAUUUUGCAACCGCAGGCGAGUCUGCUGCUUGGGUCCUCGUCGUCCUGUUUCGAGCCCUCUGCGCGGCAGCUUUCUUCAUCGCCUCUCGCGCCCCUCUCCGGCGCCCACCAUCACGUGCGACACGUUGAAGAAGCGCCGUCGCGUUCGCCGCUGUCGCCCUCCUCUUCGUUUUCCUCGUCGUCCGUGUCGUCCUUCUCGUCUCUCUCGCGGCACUCACCCCGGUCCCUGAGUGAGGCGGAGAGCCCGACGCACGCGCCGGCGGUUGAGGGCUUCACGCCGGCCCCGGUCCGAGGCGACGGAGACAAAGGAGACUCCGCAGGCCACGUGUGGGGACGCAGGCGCAGCACACGAGUCGAGUCUCUCACCACGAAGAGCGACGGCAUCUCGAUGCGUCUCGCAGACAGCGGCGAGGAGGAGGGAGCCAUCAUUGUCAUCCAGGACCCCGUGUCUGAAGUCGAGGAAGACAUGCUUGGCGGCGUCCACUCUCGCGAUGCGCUGCUCACGCCCGGAUGCGUCGCUGGCCUCUGCGUUUUUGCCGAAACUAGCUCCUCUAGGCCUGCGGACGACGGGAGCAAACUCCGCCAGAAAGGGCUCGCCUCGCACAGGAGGCAUGCCUCCUUUAAGUCCCUCGAUGGCGACGACAACAGGUCCGACCCUCGCAUCUCGAAUUCCUCCGCUUACUCGGCGUCGUCCUCCCUUUUCUCGUCUCCCCUUUCCCCACCCUCGCCGCGGCUGUCGGACUCCUCUCCGGAGGGAGCGCCGCCCCAUGCGGCCUCGCUCACCUCCACCCUCGUGCUGGUUUCGUCGCCCGUGCUGACCUCGACGCCGACAAGACCCGAGGCUGGGCACCUGCAGCUGGGGCAAGAGGCCCGCAGUGGUCCCCACGAGGUCGCACAGCUGGACGCUUCCUCGUCGCAGGCCCCAGAUCUCUGCGGGUCGUCGGCGAAGCCCGUUUUUGCCCCUUUUGCGCGCGCCGCUUCGCCCUGCGUCGCGCCACCCUCGCAGGUGUCUGUCUCGCUGGCUCCCGCGCGCUUUCCAGACGCGGCCUCCGCCGGCUCGCUGCUCUUCGACGCCGCGCUCGGCGCGCCAAAGCGAAGGCACAGCGGGCCUGCGGCCGCGCGCGCGACGCUGUCCGCGGCUCGGAUUGGGGCCGCCGCGGCGGAGGCGACGGUGCUCAGUUUGAAGACUGCGCGGGAGAAGAAGCAGCUAGAGAAGGAGUCGCGACAGAGACAGGCGACUGAGGCAGGCCCCGCGACGCUCCGUUGA